GUUUUGUUUGGUUCUUCUCUCUGUCAACGUCCAAAGGGAAGAAGAUGAAUUCCAGUCUGCGCUUUAUCGUCGUGGCUCUGUUGGUUGCCCCGUCUUUUGGAGGCUUCCUGAGACAAAUACAGCCUUCAAAGGGGUAUCCGGUUCCACCUCAUCCUAAAAGAGUGAUCUGCCCGACAGCCUUCAUCUACAGCACCAUCACCGAGACCGAAGUCGAGACCGAGACCAACAUGGGCUACCACACCCAAACGGUCGUCAAGACCGAAGUGACGACCGUCCCCCAAAUCACAACGCAGACGGUCGUCGAGACAGCAACGGUCACGGACCUCACCACCGUUCCCACGACCGUCGUCGAAACGACCGAGGUCACGGAGACCGUUUCCGAGACCGUCACCGAGAUUGCCUCGACGACCGUGGUCGAGUCGGUCUCCGUGACCGAAACGCAGACCGAGACUGCGACGGUCGUCGAGACCGUGCCGACGACCGUCGUCGAACCCACUACCAUCUCCGAGACCGUCUCGGUCACUGAGACUGAAACUGCCACGGUCGUCGAGACCGUAUCAACUACGGUCAUCGAGCCCACCACCAUUUCCGAGACAAUUUCGGUCACUGAGACCGAAGUAGUCCCUACUACCGUCGUUGAGCCCACUACUAUAUCUGAGACCGUUUCGGUCACGGAGACCGAAGUGGUCUCGACUACCGUCAUCGAACCCACCACCAUUUCCGAGACCGUUUCGGUCACGGAGACCGAAGUAGUCUCUACUACCGUCAUCGAACCCACCACCAUUUCCGAGACCGUUUCGGUCACGGAGACCGAAGUAGUUCCGACUACUUUGACCGAAGUGGUUACAGAGACCGAAAUUCAGACCGAAAUUGUUCCUACGGUUGUUGAAGUCACCAGUUCUGUCACUGAGACCGUUAUUUCCACGGAAACUGAGACGGAAACUCAGUCCAUUUCUGUAACGGAGACUGCAACAGUCUCCGCCACAGUAACGGAGGUGGAGACGUCCGUAUUCACAGAAGAGGUGCCGGUCUACAGCACCUCAACCGUGGAGGUCACCAAAGUAGUCACAGAGACUGUAGCGGCGACUGCUCAAUCGUACCUGCCACCCUACCAGCGACAGCACGGAUAGUCAGACCGACUUCGACUGCCAAGAGAAGACGCUUAAAAUCAAAUGAGUAGCUCGGAUGAGCUAGGUAGACCGAAGUGCUUCCUUGUUGGAUCAUUUCAGUUCAGUUCAUCCGUGGGUCUUUGAGUAUUUACAGAAGAUGAGAGGUUAUAAUGUAUUAUAUUUCUUAACUUCUGUAGGGCAGACUCUUUUCAUCAUAUAAAAUCGUCUGUGUGUCUGAGUAGAGCCGUAUAUAUACGGUUCUGUGUUUGAGUAUUCGUUAAGGAUGGUAAGUCAACAUAUUGUAGUUUUCUUCAGUGGAACGCUCUGUGAUUGCAUCAUCCACUGCGCGUGUUCUUUUCGUUAUAGUCUUGUUCACAAAUGAUUCUCAUUCAUUUUCAUGGAAGAGUUUCAUUUGAAACCCUUAAAUACUGUACAUUUUUUUUUAAGUGAUACAUUGUCUGUAUUUUUGUAAUAAAAAUUGUUU